AAAUGAUCAGGCGUUUUAGUUGAUAAUCCGUGCUUUAGACAUUCACGUGUUCACGUGUUAAUAAUACGCUACCACGGUUGAAUUGGUGAAGCAUGGUGCGUUUUUGUCCUCCUAAAGGGCGAGGUCGGAUGGGCUGAACCGCUUGGGUUUUACUUGCCCGUUUUGAGCAGCGAUUCUUCACCUAAAUGUUCGCUCGUAUCCGUGCGUUAUUUGCGCGUUGUGCGGGUGUAGAUUAAUCCUAUGCAUGCACGGGUUCGACUACUUCAUUAUCCUCCUCGACAUUACUGUAAAAAUAUCUCCGUAUAAAAACAUAUCCUUUUUUCCUGUGAGACUAAACAAACAAACAAAACAACUAAAUCUUAUUUAUCUUGGUAAAGUUUAACGCUGACUUUCUCGCCUUUCUCUGCUUUUUGAGACGCGACCCGACUCGGGUGUAGCUCCCGCCCCCUUUUCGGUGCCAGCGUUUGAGUGACAGGCUCUUCAGCCAAUCAGCGUGUCCGAUGGGCUCUCAACUCCUCCUUUCUUUCUCCACUGAACAAAGGAUGGCCUGGGAGUGUUAUUUGGAGAGGAUAACCCAGAAAUGAAGUGCUCUCCGACACAUGAAGGGAUCAGGAGCAUAUUUACGCAGAUUUUUAAACUUCCUUAACGUAUAACAGAUGAUAAAAUAUAUGUCCAUUUGUGUAGUUUGGAACUGAAGCUUAAUUUGAUUUGCUUCAUGCCAACUGCAUCCUAGAAAAUUCCACAUCAUCUUGGGAUCUCCAAUAGCUUUUUUUUUCAGCACCUGAGAUGAUAAGGCGUAGAUGGUGCUAAUGUGGCCAAUUAGCUUCCGUUCAGUAACCUUCAACCCAAGUGCAAAAAAGAUACCAAGCACAAUAAUGUUACUGCACCUGAGGGAUAUAUUCACAAAAUGCUGAUGGUGGCCGGUGCACAGAUGGACUAGCGCUGACAUGUCUGCCAACCACCACAGUUGCCUCCUCAAGCAGUUGGACCAGCAGCGACGCCAGGAGCUGUUCUGCGACUGCACCGUGCUUGUAGGUGGACGCCUUUUCCGGGCACACCGCAACGUCCUAUUCGGGAGUAGUGGCUACUUCCGUAUGCUGCUCUCUCAGGGUGCGCAAGACAGCCUGGAACCUGCCAGGGCCUCGUUUGAUGCCUUCUCCCCUGACACCUUUGCCACCAUCUUAGACUUUGUGUACUCUGGUCACCUGGCUCUGGGCAGCUCUAACGUGAUCGAGGUGAUGUCUGCCGCCAGCUACCUGCAGAUGGAUAAUGUUAUCGCCUACUGCAAGGCCUUCAUUGAGUCUUCGCUGGAGAUCAGCACCAAAGAGGCGACCGAGGAUGCCCUACGUCCACAGAGCGUCCUUUGGGAGCACCAGGAUGACGACAAGGACGAGUAUGAGGCAGAAGUGACGAAUGAACAGAGCCCACAGUGCCAGCAAGUUCUGGAGACAGGCUUGAAGGAGGAGCAGGUGGGGCAGUACGAGGCUGUUAAUGAGCCCAGGAGGAAAGGAACCAGGAAAAGGUCCGCCACACAUCGGUACACUCCAGAUGACAGUUCGCCGAUCGACCUCCAGGGGGCGCCGGCGGGCACACAGAAAGCAGAUGAGCUCUACGCCACCCUGCCUACCAUCGUAGGAGUCGUAGGGGUGUUUAAUAAAGACUCCACCCCCACGGUGCGUUUUAAGUGCCCAUUCUGCACACACACAGUGAAGAGGAAGGCAGAUCUGAAGAGACACCUGAGAUGCCACACGGGUGAGAGGCCGUACCCCUGCCAGGCCUGCAGUAAACGCUUCACUCGCCUCGAGCACCUGCGCAGCCACUUUGAGACGAUCCACCAGGCGCGUAAGCUGGUGUGCCGGAAGUGUAAGCGUCACGUGACGGAGCAGAACAGCCGUGUGGUGUGCGAGGGCUCACGCCGAUACCGGCUUUGUGAGGCGUGUCUGCAGGAGAGCGGCCUGGUGGCACACGAUGGCACCGACACCUGCACAGAGGAACCGGGUCUUCUGCUAGGGGUGGAGGAGGACCUGGAAGGAAACCACAAUUCCUCAUGGGGGAUGGAAGAUGACGAUGACCUUGCUGAGGAUUCAGGAACCGACCUCAUCAUUCAGGAAGUGGAAGACAGCGACGAGGAGCCCAGCACGAAGUGACGCUAGUGCGUGUGCACGUGUGUGUGCACAUACGAGAGCAAUUUGCGCCAAAUUCAGCUUAAUUUCUUUUAAAGACGGGCAUCUUUGAAUCAAAGAAAACGUUCUAUAAAUGUAUAAUUGUAUUAUAAAAAAAAGAAAGUAUGUCAAUAGAUUAUUUGAACAACACAGUUGAUUAAAUUAUUUCCUCUUGCUUCUUAUAUAAGGAAACACUGGCAAAAAGAGUCCUGCAUUUUCCUAUGACUUGCUUAGAAUUGCUUUAUUUACAUUUUAUUGCUUUAUAUUACAUUUUAUGUUCAUGUCACCAAAUAUUUAACCCGACUGUCAAGACUCUUAAUAAUAUUGUAGAAAUUCUUGUGUUGUCCACCUCUUUACAUCACCAUCUGAACAAUCAAGCAUCAUUUUCUCUUAAUGGUUUAUGUACAAUUUUAUGUAAAUUAACACACUUUGCACUGUUCUAUCAACCCUUAUUAUUAUUAUUAUUAUUAUUAUUAUUAUUAUUAUUUUGCUUGGUAAGACAAUGAUCAUAUUUUAUU